CAAGCGAGAAGGGUCGGCAGUGGCUCUAGAUUGCCGUAGAUAGAUUGCAGCCCCGCCUCCCCUCGGCGCCUGAGCUGCCGCCAUGCAAGAACGAGGGUAUGCUAAUCUGGCGGCACAGGCGCUGACGACCGACGAGGAGCGUCCCGCGCCGCAGGAUGCUGGCGACGCAGAGCGAGUCGCAGCUGCCGCUGCUCCGCGAAGUCGCUUGUCAAAGGCCACCGCCGCCACGCUGGCCGCGUCCGUGCUCCUGGCGGUGGGCUUCGCGGCGUCCAGUGGCCGGGCAACUCAGCAUAGCACCACAUCGAGGGCGAUCUCCUUCGUCGUAGAGGAAGGCGAGUCGCUUGCAGCCGCGGCCCCUGCCGCCGCGACGAAGCCCGCCUCCGAGCCGGCCGCCGCCGCCCCGGCCGCCGCGGAGCCCGCCCCGGUGGACGCAGCAGCGACGAAGCCCGCCUCCGAGCCGGCCGCCGCCGCCCCGGCCGCCGCGGAGCCCGCCCCGGUGGACGCAGCAGCGACGAAGCCCGCCCCCGAGCCGGCCGCCGCGGAGCCCGCCCCGGUGGACGCUGCAGCGACGAAGCCCGCCCCCGAGCCGGCCGCCGCGGAGCCCGCCCCGGUGGACGCAGCAGCGACGAAGCCCGCCCCCGAGCCGGCCGCCGCGGAGCCCGCACCGGUGGACGCAGCAGCGACGAAGCCCGCCCCCGAGCCGGCCGCCGUGGAGCCCGCCCCGGUGGACGCUGCAGCGACGAAGCCCGCCCCCGAGCCGGCCGCCGCGGCUCCCGUGGACGUGGAGCCCGCCCCGGCGGAUGCAGCAGCUUCAACGAAACCCGCCCCAGAGCCGGCCGCCGCUUCCCCAGUGGACGCGGAGCCCGCCCCGGCGGAUGCAGCAGAGCUGGCGGCUGCCGGCGAGGCGGCGCUGGAUGCGCCCCCCGCCGACGCCAGGCCCCUGGAGGCCAAGGACUUUGACUGCGAAGCGGGCUACUCCAAUUGGGUUGCUGGGUGGUCUGCGGACAAGAAGGUGUUCUGCUGCGAGAAGGAGCAGAAGGGCUGCGAGGCAAAGGAGGACUUCGACUGCGAAGCGGGCUACUCCAACUGGGCAGCGGGGUGGUCUGCGGAGAAGAAGAAGGCCUGCUGCGAGACGGUUCAGAAGGGCUGCGAGGACGUGCCCGCCACCAAGCCGGCCGACGGCAUCCUCCCGGCCUGUGCGGCCGACCUGGAGCGGCACGUCCCGACACGCGGGGAUCGGCACCACCCAACCGGGCUUCUGCUAGGCCUCGCCACUGUGCUCUCCGACCCCGCCCGUGGUGGAGGCACGCUCGGCGCUGCCUGCUCCGAGGCUGCCAGACCACCCUGCUCCGAGCCCGACAGGAGACACUUCCGCUUGAGCGGGGCGUCCGUGGAGCCUGUCCUUUCGCAGCUGUUGAAACAGGGGUCGUCCCUUAUCGUCGAACAGCGCCUCCAUGAGUCCCUCGCAGCCUUCUCGGAGAAGAGCGGCGGAGAGACGAGGACUAGAUUUGAGAAGGUGGAGUACGAGGGGGGCGGCGCGGCGGCCCAGCCCAACACGGCGUCCCAGGCUCGCCCGGCCUGCGGAGAGGGUGGAGGCUGGUCGAUCGGUGUUGACGCAGCGCGAGGCGCCGGGGGCGAGGAUCAGUGCGUCAUCGGCACCGUCCCAGCGGAUGUUCUGGAGAAGCUGAAGAAGCCGGCCGACAAGGACGAGGGCGCAAUUGCGGCGGAAGACGGGGCGGGCGCAGACUCUGCAAAGUCCUCAGAUAUUGCGAAGGACGAGGUGCCUUCCAAGAAAGGCAAGGCGAAGGCACUUACUAAAAAGGAGAACAACGGCAUCCGGUUUUGCGACGACGAUGUCGAGGACUGCCCCAGCGACUGGCGAGACGGCCCUGAAGGAGGCUACCUAUGCAACAAGGGCGACCAAGCGGGCGCCUGCCAGCCGUGGAAAGCCGGGCCCUUCGACGAGAAGUCCUGCACGGACUUCUGCGCGAUCGGCGCCAUGCCGGCCACGAGUACCACUACGUCUACUGUGACGACUGUCACCACGACCGAAAAGCAGUACGAGUUCCCGGCUCUGAUCUGCUACUCCGUCGCACGGUACGGGGACGAGAUGGACAUCCUGAACUUCCAGCACGACCACUCGGCCGGCAUCUUCAGCUGUGACGAGACCGUCGUCUUCGCCGACGAUCCGGGCACGAUGAACGGGGAUUUCCCGCUCACCGAGCUACCCGUGAAGACUGGCAGUGGCGGCGGUUGGUCCAAGGACGGCACCGCCGCCAACACCGAGGUGUUCCUGAUGGCCUGGGAGGGCAUCAAGAACGACGGCCGGUGGGAGAACGUAGACUGGGCGAUCAAG